CGAAAGCGUUCUAAAGCGUGACCGAGUACAGUUGAAGAUUUGGUUCAAGUUAACCUAUAUUUUAGAUCUUUCCUUUGCGAACAAUGGCUGAAAAUGUGUUUCUAUUUAUUCCAAAUAUCAUAGGUUAUGCACGGAUCGUGUUAGCCAUAUUAUCCUUCUACUUCAUGCCGACGAACUGUGUCGUGGCGGCAUCCUCGUAUCUUCUGAGUGUCCUGUUAGAUGAAUUUGAUGGGUAUGCAGCACGAUACUUUAAUCAAAGUACAAUGUUUGGUGCCAUGCUAGAUAUGCUCACAGACAGAUGUGUUACCUCAGCACUUCUUGUGAUGUUAGCAGUGUUUUAUCCAAGAUUCACAUUUGUCUUCCAAUUGUUGAUAUGUUUGGAUAUUUCCAGUCAUUGGAUUCAUGUACAAAGUUCAUUAUUAAAAGGAGGAGCUAGUCACAAGAAAAUUGAUUUAUCAGGCAACUUCUUCCUGCGGAUUUACUAUCACUCUAGGGUGGUACUGUCCAUCAUGUGUGCUGGUAAUGAACUCUUUUUCUGUAUGUUGUAUUUGGUUCAUUUCACAAGUGGGCCAGUCUUGUCUGUUGCUGGCAGCACAUUUGGUCUGUGGGUAGCUCUAGCUUGGCUGACUCAUCCUAUCUGCAUACUGAAGCAGUCCAUCAGUGUGAUUCAGCUCACUGUGGCAUGUAUCAACACGGCAAGCUUGGAUGAGAGUGAAAGAGAAAGAGUAAACAAAUGACUAGACAUGGAGACUGGAGAACAACACAAAAUGCUCCAAAAUUAAAGAAAUUAUUUCACAACUGAAAAUAAUCAAAAGGAUUAUCAUAUGGUGUGGAGUUUUUCCUAAAUUGUCAAGGCUUUUUGUGACUAACACAACCCUUUAACUCUCAUGAGUGACCAAGAAAGAAUUUCUCCUUACAAUAUCAAUACAAUAUCAACCAGAUAAGAGUGAUGAGAAUAAAAAAAAUAUCAAUUUGGGGAUAAUUAGUUGAUUCAAUACUAAAUUCUCUAAGCUAAUAUUAUGAGAAUUGUAUUGUUGACAGUAAGGAGAAUUACAAAUUUGAUCUGGUAGUUAAAGGGUUAAGGAAGAUCAAUAUAUUUAUGAUUGUUAUUUGAGGGGGAUAACACCCAAUUAUCUUUCUGGCCAUCAAUACAAUUCACAAACCUGUUUGCUUGUUCUCUCUUUUUAAUACAAAUAUGUAACAAAUAGUGAGUUUGCACAAUUGACAUCAAAAUGUAUCAUUUUAAAAGAUAAUUUAUACACUUAAAUUGUCUAAUAUGCAUUUAUUUGAAACUUUGAAAUGGUUCUUCAAUGCUGUGGGUGAAGAAAAAGUCUUUGAGUGUAAUUCCUGUAAAUAUGUGUGGUACAAGAAACCUAGUGACAGUCAGAUUGUUAAUUAAGGUUAUAUAUGUCACCAUUUUAUAGUCUGGUGAAAACCUGUGUAUGGCAAGUGAAUGUGUAUAUUUAGCCAAAAAUGAUACAAUUUUUCAAUUUUAAGUAAUGUAGAAGUUAUGAUUUAGGACAAUGGUAAUCACUGAUGUAGGUAGCUAGCUCUAUGUCAUAUGAGUGAAUUAAUGAUAAUGAUCAUAUUAGCUCGUUGGUGACAUUUCUAGAACCAAAAACACUAAGCACUAAGGCGAGAAUGGUCUUUACGAGACUUUGAGGACAAGACGCCAUCUAUACGAGACGUCAUCCAGAGGGGCAUACCUCCCUUCAACAAAAGUGGCAGCCGCUUUUUGUAUGAAAUUAUCUAUAAUGUAUAAUCAAUGUACUGAGUACAGGUUCAGUCGUGGAAGAAGAAGUUUGGUCGUCCCAAUGGUGUUAUUGUUGUAUAAUUUGAUUGGGCAGCCUGUGGUGUGUGUUAUACAAUCCUUCAACGAGAGCCAUUUUGCCUUCCGGGACAGUAGACUGUGUGGUAUUUAAUUAUACUUGAGGACAGUUUGUUUUGUUUCCGGCAUAAUAGUACCUUGUCCCUUACUGUCUUACUUACCUGUGCGACUUUUCCUUCUCUCUCCUCGUCGUUACUUUUGGUCGGCCUCUUUAUCUUUUGCUUGUUGAUCUGUGGUUCCCGGUUAUUCAUCGUCUCUUAAAAAGCGCAUCGCCAGGACUUCUGUAAGAUAAGUUGCAUGACUGCUGCUUAUCUGGGAAAAGUUUCCGCACAGUCCCAUACUAUUGUAAAACAAAUCUGUUUUCUCAAUGGAAAUGUAUUGUUUUUUUCACUGUUUUCUCUAGUCAAGAACUGAAUGCAUAAUGUAGUAUGGGGCUGUGCGGAAAUUGUACCUUUAUCUGUCAUUAUCCCUGUAGUAUAAAGUUCACAGUGUAGUGCUAUGUUAGACACGCCAGAAACAGACAAUAUGCGUGUUGUUAUUCAGUUCGUUUUAAAACAAAGUGGUUAAACUAUAAACGUGACUUUUAGACAGGUUAUUCAACAGACAAAGGAACUUAAUUUUUUUUCUUCGUUGCUGUUGAGCAGAGAAAAGACCCGAGCUUUUGAAUCUUUUUGAGAUUCAAACCUGCACCCUUCAUUACUCAUCGCAAGGAGACUGGGUACUGCGUUUGGCAACAGGGAACACGCACGCACUUUGAUUGGUUCUUACCUGGACUCGCUAGUGAAGGACAGACGCAUAAAUGACGACACCAUCAAAAGUUUUUGGUUCUUUAUUACAUAAAGCAAACAAAUUCCAUAUCGCCGCGGGUCAGUUCAGUAGUAGACCACAAAAGACGUCAAAAUGUGAC